AUGUGUUCCGUACAACACAUACAUGCGCGAUCGCGGCCCAUUCAGCUGUGCCCGUGGGACCCAUUCAGUCAGUCAGUGUCUUCUGUGUAGUGGGAUCGCGUAGUUGUCAUCAGUUUUCAGUUCGAUGACUGCGAUGAUAACGGUGCUUCUCCCGUAGCUUAUCAAUAUAUGUACGGAUUGUGCCAGCUGUCCAAAGAAUUUGUCCUGUCACAGUGGACGAGGAGUGGAAUUUUACGUGGCAUAACAUGUGAGUGUUGAAAUGUUUACACGAUGGCAGAGGACAAUUUUUGCUACCCUAAUAAUCUACGCUACCAGCUUCGAGCAACCGGUAGUGAUCGAGGCAGCGAACGCUAGCGGAGUUGAUCUACGGAACGAUGAAUAUGAAUACCAAUAUGCGCAGAAGUGGCCCUCAUUGAACCGUUCGCUGGGUUCGGUGUCGGCUGUGUCAUUCGACCCGCGCGGAAAUGUGGUCAUCUUUCAUCGUGGAUCACACGUUUGGAACGAGAGGUCUUUCAAUGAGGAGAAUCGCUACCUACCCAUCAUUGACGGACCCAUACCGGAGUCCACGGUUUUGACGAUAAACAAUGGAAGUGGGGUACUUCUCGAUGAAUGGGGUUCCAACUUCUUCUACAUGCCACAUGGCCUAACCAUCGACAAGGAUAACAACUAUUGGCUAACAGAUGUCGCUUUGCAUCAGAUUUUCAAAUUUGAUUUGCGGAUUUCGACUACCAAACCGGUGUUGACGCUGGGCCGGCGAUUCGAACCCGGCAAUGACAUACACAGUUUCUGUAAGCCCACCUCGAUUGCGGUGCUUGAGAAUGGGGAUUUCUUCGUGGCCGAUGGCUACUGCAAUGGACGGGUGAUGAAGUUUUCCUCCAGCGGACAACCCAUCCUGCAAUGGGGAAAAAAUUCAUUCUACAUCACCCGAAGAUAUUCCCUUCCAUCGGGGAUAGUCCCGGAGAACUUUUUUGCUAUUCCACACUCCCUGACGUAUGCCGCUGAUAGGGAUCUGCUUUGUGUGGCAGAUCGAGAGCAGGGAAGAGUUCAGUGUUUCCAUGCUGGCAACGGAACAUUCCAUUCGAUGUAUUCCAAUCCAAAAGUCGGAAGCCGAUUGUUUAGCGUUAAGUACAUUCCGAAGGAUGGCGGUUUGCUUUACGUGAUAAACGGUCCACAGUUCACAUUCCCACAGCAGCCUAUCAACGGCUACAUUUUGUCAAUGACGACCAACCGCAUAGUGGGGCGCUUCUAUCCAUCUACACCCCAGGAAGCGUUUAGUAACCCUCACGAGCUGGCCGUCAGUGUGGACGGGGUUAAUAUUUACGUCGCAGAAUUGUCCCCAACUAUGGUCCACAAGUUCACGCGGAAGAACGCAGCCGGCGGCGAAGCAACGGACCCCACAGUGAUACAGCAAACAGCAAUGUCUUCAAAUGUGGAAUCAGUUGUGGUAUCGCAAUCACUGUAUGCCGGGACCCUCACGACAGUGUCCUUCGUGGUUAGUCUGAUCGGUAUAAGUCUGCUGAUCAUCUGUGUGUCACGGGUAAUAUGCUUUAAAUCGCCUGCCCGGAGGCAACGAUUCUCAACCCAUAGUGAGAAUAUUUCGCUGCGCAAUCUUAACCAGGCGGGGGAGGAAGCGCAGGAAGAAGUUUAACAUAACAUGCCGAAAAUCUUACCCCCAGAAACGAACCUCACUGUGAUUAUUUUUUACUUAAAUGAGUCGAAUAUUUACCAAGAAAAUACAUACAAGAGUGUAUUAGA